GGAUGCAUAGCCCAAGGCAUGCUCUGUCUAUGAGUGUGUGUACACACAUACAAGGGGAACUGCAACCUGCUUCCUUCAUGCCACAUUCCACACCGCUUCCUUGACUCUUUCUCACUGCAAAAAGAGGUUCCUGGAGGGACAGCCAGCACCGCCCUUCCCCUAUUCUACACUUCUGGUGGCUUCACAUUCUGCUGUCGCAGGUCAAGUGGUGUGGAGGCAGCUGUGGUGCAUGGCCGAAAUCCAGUCAUGCGGGCAGGAGAGAAGAGCUUGAAAGGCCUGAGUGAGGGCCUCCUUGGAAGGGCUCUGCAAAGCCAAGUUGCAAUUUCUGAGCAGUUCUGUCCAGAAGACGGUGCCCAGGUUAUGACGACUAAUCCAAAGCCGAACAAAGCAUUAAAGGUCAAGGAGGAGUCAGGAGAGAACGCCCCGGUGCUCAGUGACGAUGAACUUGUGUCGAUGUCUGUGCGGGAGCUGAACCAGCACUUGCGGGGUCUGACGAAAGAGGAGGUCAUCCGCCUGAAGCAGCGGCGGCGCACGCUCAAGAAUCGGGGCUACGCUGCCAGCUGCCGCAUCAAGCGCGUAACACAGAAGGAGGAGCUGGAGAGGCAGCGGGUGGAGUUGCAGCAGGAGGUGGAGAAACUUGCCCGGGAGAACAGCAGCAUGAAGCUCGAGCUGGAUGCCCUGCGCUCCAAGUAUGAGGCCCUGCAGACCUUUGCCCGCACGGUUGCCCGAGGGCCCAUCACCCCGACCAAAGUCGCCACCACCAGCGUCAUCACCAUUGUGAAGUCGGCAGAAAUCUCUUCCAGUUCAGUGCCCUUUUCAGCAGCAUCCUAGUGGGGAGAACUAUAGGAAACCUUUGGGAAAGAGAGGGUGAGGCUUGCCUGCCUUCCUAAUCAACAGCCUGUUUUUUCUAGAGCCACAAAGAGGACACUUCAAAGGGAAAACUAAACUGGCUGCUCUGGUGUUCACUUCUGAGUUCUUGCGAGCCUCUUGUGACUGAAAUUGGAACUGUGUACCUUGAAUGAACUGUUGCAGGAAGGGCCUUGCUCAACUAUUUCCCAGAGCCUUGAGAGGAGACAUCUAGAUGCCUCGGGAAAGCUUUGGAUGAAACGUGACCAUCCAGAAACAGCUGGCAGAAUCAUCGGGUACAAUGAAUGAAUGGCUGAAUGAAAAACAGUUGUCCUCCCUUCAGGAAAAAAAAAUGAAUGUUAUCCCAUCAUGGUUAUCAUUGUGACUUCCAUAGGAUGGGCAGUAAAAGGUUUGUCUCUGGAGCAGCAUGCACUUGAGAGUUCAUCAAAAUGUUGAAGGUUAGAGCCCUUGUUCUCCAGAUAUGAAAAGCCCUCAUAGGUGAAUGUCCCCAUGAGUUGGAAGCUGAUAUGACUGUGCUGUGUGGACUAGCCAAAUGAAACACCUACAAUGCAAAAAUCACCCAUUAGUUGCUUCCGUAUGGUGUGCCUGUGAAUUGGGUAUCAAUUCUUAAUGUGCUCUUGUUGCUUCCAACAAUUUACUCCAAUACCAGCAGCUUUUAAAAUUCAGGUUCCAAAAUGAGAAGAGAAAAUGGCAAACAAGUAGAAAGACCGAGAUAGUUGGUUAAUUUGGUAAGAGAAGAAAUGUUAGAAGAGGAAUUGUUGUAGGAGUCAGUACUGUGAGAAGGUGUUUCCUAACAAGCACGCUAAAGGACCUGCGAAGAACAGACAGGCAGGAAUAAACAGAAAGUUGCAGUGAGCCACAGAAACAAAUGUGUGUAAUCUUUCUUUCUUCAAAAGGGCUCACUCUUCAACACAAAUAGAUGGUGAAGCUGAAAGAGCAGUGAAAACAAAGUGGUCAUGUUCAACAGAUUGCUUUGUAGUUUCUGGGUCUCAAAAAUGAGAAAAUGGAUUCCUGGAUAUACUCCCAAUAAAUAGAUGGCAUUUCUUGAGACAGUACAGAUUGGGUUGGAAAUGAGAAAGUCAAUUGAAGUUGAUCAGCAGUGUAGGAAAAGGUCAGAAUUGGAGGACAGGUGGAUGGACUAAGGUGUGAAACUGCAUGCAUGAUAAAAAAUGGCAUGGCCAUGGGUCUUGAGUUUGUUUGAGUCAGGUAGGAGGUUUUUGUGGAGGGGAGAAAAGAAAGCAAAGUUUAAGGGGUUUAUUGGGAGUGGAAAGGAGUGGCCAGUGGCCAAGGCAAGUUUGCAAAUGAGGUUCCUGGCAGGUGAAGAAUUCUAGUAAAUGAAGGAAGGAGGAAGAAGCAACAAAGGUGUAAAAUUAAAUGAAAUAUGAGGUUGUAUGAGUUGGCUUAGGGUGGAUGUGCCUGUAAAGCAAAAAAGCAUCUUUUUCAGAGCUUGAAAAGGUUCCUUUUUGGAUUGUAAUUCCCAGAAUUACCCUCGCCGUUGUGGCUACUGUAAUCUCCAGUGUAUAUUUUUUUCAAGUUUUGUUCAUUUAUCAUUGUCAUCUUUUAGCACUAUUGCCUAAGGCUUGAGAUUCACAGGUAAAAGAGGAAGGUUCUGUGACUUGGAGAACCAGUCAGACAAAGUCCCAUGUGUUCAGAUGGGUUAGAUUGAGGAUGUUUUGAAUGCUUCCCCAUGUAAGAGACUACGACCCCUCUUCCACAUGUAAUAUGUGCCAAGUAAUCAUGUUGGAGAAAUAGGCCCUCCUAGAAGUUCUUCAGUAUUUUGUGUGGGGAAGCAUUCAGAUACCCAGCUACCCACAUGUUGCAUGCAAUGGGGUGGCUCUUCUGUAAGUAUUCUGGUCUGGAUAACUUGAAAAGCAGAACUGCAUCUGUUGUAAACUGCAUUGUGGAAGGGAGGAGCACUGACUGUCCCAAAGAUGCUCCCAUAAAAUACAGUGCCAGGUCCUGAGCAAGGGAUAACCACAUUGAUAUUUCCAGUCUGGGCAAGAGGUAGCUAGAUUGGCAGUUCCCAGUAUUUCCUUUUUCCCCAGUCUUGCAUUGUCCUCUGAAAUGCAACUUAAUAUUCUGUUUACCUAUGCUGCUUAUGACUCUCUCAGCAAAAGCUGAGGAAGAAAAGAAAUGAAGAUAUUAUUAUAUAUCACUAUUGCUUGCUCUUAGAGGGUUUUUUUUGGGAAAUCCUGGGACUUCUGCAAGCUUCUUGAGCUCUUAAAGCAUAGGAAAAGGGCCACAACGCUUGCACUGUUGGAGCUUCCAAAACCUAUAUUACUGGCUAGUGUGGGCUUAAGAGUAUCUGGAUACUUCAUACCAUGUAUUUUUUACUGUUGCCCCAUGGCUUAUUUUCAAGCACAAACCAAAAUGUCCUCCAAAGCAAAGAGCCAUAUUUUGGCAAAAACCAUAAAAGUAUGAGAGAGUAGAGCUGUUGUUGGUUUCACUGUAGAGAUAAGAAAAGUCUGGAGCAGCCGUGUCAGCAUGUAGCCAUUCCAGUGCAUGGGGUUUCUAUUCCCAUCACAUGUGAUGGGAAGACAGAUGUGAUAGGAGAGGUAGUCCCAUACAUUUGCGGUGGUCUCAGUUGAGAAAGGCUGGGUUGGAAGUACAUGUGGAAGCUGCUACAUCUGGGAAAGGAAGAAAUCUUCCCAUUUAGACUGGACCAUGAGGUGCCCUCUUCCACAGAGAAUCGUUUUGUAAGGGCCUAGUCCAAUAAGUGUUUAGCUUGUGGUCGUCAAGUUACAUGGAUGUGCAAGUCAAGAGUUGUCUUGUCUCUUGUAUUAGUUGUAACAUUUUCUGUUGAAAUGAGAAAAAGGAGACUUUUCUCAGUGGCACUUCCUUGCAGAAAUACAGCAUUUCUUAGGAGUUUAGGUGGACAAGUAAUUUAUAAACAAAGUAAAUGGGAGACACCCUGACAACUGUAGUUCUGUUAAAUUGCUGCUUCCAAUUGUUAGAGCUAGAAAUUUGGAUACACAGAUCUUGUGUUGCCCCUUGGCAGCAGUAUCACUGUGUCUUUUGCUGGUACAAAGCUACCUUCUGGUCAUUCAGAUAACUAUUUGAAAGAUCUCUACCUUUUCUCCAUUACCAUACUUACUAUCAUUAUCAUUACCCCAUGAUCUACAUGGGAUCUUCCUAUUUUUAGGUAUUAGUGCCCCAGUCUCCAUGUUUCUUUAGAUUGCCAUGCCUUUAUGUAUUGACAUUCUAAAGAGACAUAGGGCUACAAGCCUGGGGCAGGAUGGUAGGAUAGCUCUGUGUGCUAAUUUCACCAGUGAUCUGGUAGGACGAAGAGUUGGAACAAUCUUUGAGAAUUAACAACAUCUAGACUUUGUAGUUAACUUGAGAGCCAAGGGCAGCUUCAUUUGGGUAAAUGAUGGCCCCCUCUUUCCCCACAGCAAAACAAUGGGAAUGUGUGCCUUUGCAAUUUGAUUAGAAGCAUGAGGCCUAAAACAUAAUUAAAGCUGUUGAUACCAUAGUCAUGGUAGGUAAUCCAUAUUGGAUAUCAGUUUAAGGACCAUGUGGAAAUAUUUGAGAGACACACAUAUAGAUACAGAUAUAUAUAUAUAUAUAUAAAUAUAUAAAAUAAAUGCAUAAUUAUAUACAUUUUAUCGUACAGAUUUUUUGUAAAAGUUAUUGGCUGUGUGUGUGCGUGCGCGUGUUUGUGUGAGAUAUUAUUGAUUUCCUUAUUUAAGAAACCAAACACCCGCCUCCGGCAAGGAAUGUGAGAGGAGUGGGGAAAAAGGGAAAGAGUUAUUGUUCUUUCUCUGGUGAGGCCAGAGAAAUCAAAGUGCCAUACGGGUGUUGGUAAAAGAAAUAUGAAAGUGUCUGCAACAUUUUGAUCCUGGAGGAGAAAACCAAUGGCAUCCACUUGAAAUACUUCCCUCCCAAAAAAUGGACUUUCCAAAGAGGCAAGUUGACUGUGCCAUCAAACAGCUUGAAGGAGCUGUGCAAGGACUGUGUUGUCCUUUACCCUUUCUUCCUCGCACCUGGGCCUCCUGCUUUAGGGAUCUUGUUCAAACCUUCCAUGAAAGCACUUGUGUAUAGGAAAUCACAUAAAAGCCAUAUGUGUAAACCACCACUGUCACUAUAUGUAGGCUUUGAGGGGUAUGUUCACUCAACACCUCCUCUACAAUACCCCUUUCUGCAAUCUGAUUCCACCUUGUUUUCCAGGUUCCAUCCUGCCUUUUUGUCAGAUUUGUUUUACCAUCCCAAGGCAGAGCUUGCACCCAGUUAGUGUUUGUUUCCGGUCCAAAAUCCAGCCCUGCAAGGGGUCAACUCUGUGGGCUGUAAUGCUUCUUUCCCCAUCCCAAAUGCUGUUUCUCUCAUAGGAAGGCUAGAAUCAGUGGUUAUGGGAAAGUUCAUGUGUGCGUCUUAUUGUUUCGUCUGUUACACCCACAAUUCACAUGGCUUGCCAGUUAGUGACCAGUGUCUUGUCUUGCUUUUCAGUGGCAUUGAGCUUUCUGCCUUUGCAUCUGCUUUCCUUCCAAAAAUGUCAGAAAGGGAAAGGUGAUCUGGCAAACUAGAAACGGCCAUGGGUAGCCAGUUGUGAUAUUGGUUGGACUGUUUUUCCCCUCUGGAUGCUGAGUAUCAUUGCUGUACACAUUACAGUUGUGAUUAUUGGACUGGACUUCCAGCAACAGUGGUGGAUAAUGGUUCUGAAUGUAAUGCACUCUGCUUUAAAAAUGAAAAGAAAACCAUUCCUAUGUGAAAUACCAUAAACGAGUAUAUUAGGGGGAGAACUGUGCUACAUCCUUCCCCUUUCUGUGCCAUUUUAUUUCAUACAGGGUGAUUCAAUUUAAAUAUGGUCAGUUUAAAAAAAUCCCACUCCCCCCAUAAGUAGUAUAAUGUAGAAUUCUACUUCAUCAGCAUGCCAUCUCAAUCUUCAUCAUGCGCAACAUGGCUUUUGAAUAUUAGAAAACAAACCAGGCUGAAUCAUUUAGGCUUGCCAUGAAGGCUAUACACUAAAGAUGCUGAAAAGCAAAUGAAAGUCAGGUGGGGAUUAUUUAAUAGAGGAAAUGAGAAGGAAAUCUAGAUUCAUGAUAUGCCAAGAGCUCCAAAAAUAAAGAUCCCCCCCCUCCCCGCUUCAUUGUGAUGGAAGGCUUUCCAGUGAUGAUACACAUCUGAGUGCUUCACUCCCCCUCUUUAAAAAAAAAAAGGAAAUCUCCUGGUAUUUGUGUUCCUUUUAAUCACGUGUCCAUUCUAUUCUCUGUGGUUUACUCAGUUCAUUUCAAUAUUUAUUUUUGUGCUGCUUUUUUUUACUAUGAAAUAAAUUAUUGAUAUAUCAAGUAAUGUGAGUGCCUGUUUUCGUAAGGCGUAUACACUGUGUGUGUGUCCAACCUCCUUUCCCCCCAUUUUGACAAAAAAAACCCCAACAACAUAAUGUUAAUUUAUUGCUGUAGAUUUGAAGCUGCAAUGACUAUUUUUUUGUACCUUUCCAAUAAAGCAUUUUCUGGUUUCAGACUUGA